AAAGAUACAUCGGGUACAGCCUCCGCCGGUAAGAAGAAGAAGCUGCAACCACUUAAGUCCAAGGGGUCUGCUACCUCCUCAGGUAUACGAAGCGCUGUAUCAACCCGUGCGAGCUUGCAUGAGAAUUUAACCAGUGAGAUGUGCAGUGAAGGCCUUUUGACUGAG